AUGGAUCGAAGCGAUUCUUCAACAGCUGAAGAAGAAAUAUACAUAAUUUUAAAAGAAGUUCUCACUAGCGAGAACAAGCAAAUAAUUGACUGCUAUGGAAGGGCUUUUCUGAGGAAUUUAUUAAACUCUUCACGAGAAAAUUCAAUGCAAAUGAACAUUGUGCAUGAAGGCAGAUAUAUAUUUAAAGGAUACCCCUCAGGCAACUAUAUCAAGCAGUUUGCGAAAGUUAUCUGUUUAUGAAGUCAGCUCGGGACAUUUCCUAUUUCCUUUUUAAAUUUGACAGGCUUUGAUAGCGAAAUAACACGUAAAGAAAUUGAAAAUUUGUCAGUAUUAUCAAGCUUGGUUGUCGAUCUUGUGAGCCGAUUAAAUGACCCUGCUGUCCCUGGCUUGGCUGAAAAUCUACUAUUGAGGAUGGGCUCGAGAGGGGUGCUAACAUGCUUAGGCAUCAGACGAACCCAAGGAAGCAUUGAUAAAUACUUGCCUCCGUCAAAGAGUAAUCUUGAACGUUCCUUUUUACAGCUUCAUACUGCUGAAGAAAGCAAAAAAUCAUCUUUAACUGUUGGAGCAAGAGCGCUUACAAAGCACUGCCAUCGAAGCUCAGAUGGAUUCUGGGGGAAAAUCACUGGUACUGAAACUAUGAAAAACGCAGUUGCACAGCAAGUUUUAGAGAGAUUUUUUACGAAUUGUGUCUGGAUCAAUAUUCAUUGCUUGCCAAACGAAGAGCCUGUUAUUGAAGUCAGGGUUCAAGAAGGAUAUGGCGUGAGAUGACUUAUAAAUAAGCAGCAGUUUAGAGGAUUUUUAGAGCCCCAGAUGGAAGGCGGUCAUGAAAGGGGAUGGAGACAUUAG